GGUGCGGCUCGGGCCGCGCCCCGGAAGCCGGGGAUCCCGGUCGCUGAGCCCUGCCGCGCUCGGCCGCCUCCCUCCGCCGCUUCCGGGACAGACAUGGCAGCGCGGCCCGUGCGGGUGCUGGUGGACAUGGACGGCGUGCUGGCCGACUUCGAGGCCGGCCUCCUGCGCGGCUUCCGACGCCGCUUCCCCGGGGAGCCUCACGUUCCGCUGGGAGAGCGCCGCGGCUUCUUCGCCCGCGAGCAGUACCGGGCCCUGCGGCCGGACCUGGCGGAUAAAGUGGCCUCUGUUUAUGAAGACGCUGGCUUUUUCCUAAACUUGGAUCCCAUCCCUGGAGCCCUGGAAGCCAUGCGAGAGAUGAACGCCAUGCAGGACACAGAGGUCUUCAUCUGCACCAGCCCCCUGCUCAAGUACGACCACUGCGUGGGUGAGAAGUACCGCUGGGUCGAGAAGCACCUGGGGCCCCAGUUUGUGGAACGAAUCAUCUUAACAAGGGACAAAACUCUCAUCUUGGGGGAUCUGCUCAUUGAUGACAAGGACACCAUUAGAGGCCGAGAGACUCCAACCUGGGAACACGUCCUGUUCACCUGCUGCCACAACCAGCACCUGGCUCUGCCAAGCACAAGGAGGCGGCUGCUUUCCUGGAGUGACAGCUGGAGGGAGAUCAUUGACAGCAAGCGAGGAGUGGCGGGGCCCAAGAGGCCUGGGCCUGCUGCAGGAGUAAAUGGGACCAGAGCAGUGGACAGUAGCUGAAAGAUGAGGUCUGCAGGGAACACUCAGCACCGUGUGCCUGGGACACAGGAGCUGGCAUCUGUGCUCUCCCUGGGCUAGUCUGCCAGAACCUCACCUCUGAGAGAGUUGGCACAGAGACAUGGUGAGAAAAGUCAGGCAUGACCCUUUGAAUAAAGCUUUGGCUUGUUGCUA